AUGGACUCCAGCAGCCUUCUCAAAGAUGCGGUCAUGCGCCAGGUCCAGCUCGAGUCGAACACGGCCAAUGUGCGCAUACUAAUGGAGAAAAUGAACGAGAACUGCUUCGAGAGAUGCGUCGCUAAACCCGGAUCCUCACUAUCGAGUGGCGAGCAGAAAUGCUUCACCAGCUGCAUGGAGAAGUACAUGUCGGCCUGGAACCAAGUGAACUCGGCAUACAUUCAGAGAAUAAAACGGGAGCAAGCAUCGCUCUAA